ACAUCGAUGCUGAACUGAUACGGUAGCUGUGCUCGGGAGCUCUUGCCCUACCAAAUUUAGGCGGGCGCGUCCCUUGUCCCCGCACGCGUUAACACCCAACCAGCCCCACGCUCAUUCACAACACACAACACCAUGCCUAGGGAAAUAAUAACGCUGCAGGCUGGCCAAUGCGGCAACAGCGUUGGGCAGCAGUUCUGGCAGCAAUUAUGUCAAGAACACGGCAUCAACCAGGACGGUAACCUCGAAGACUUCGCGACCGAAGGCGGCGAUCGAAAAGAUGUGUUCUUCUAUCAAUCCGACGACACUCGCUAUAUUCCACGCGCCAUUCUUCUCGACCUCGAGCCUAGAGUGCUCAACUCCAUCCAAUCAAGCGCCUACAAGAACAUCUACAAUCCAGAAAACUUCUACAUUCACAAAUCAGGCACCGGUGCUGGUAACAACUGGGGUAUGGGAUACAGUAUGGGUGAGACAGUCCAUGAAGAGAUACUCGAGAUGAUCGACCGCGAGGCCGAUGGCUCAGACUCGCUGGAGGGCUUCAUGAUGCUGCACUCAAUUGCUGGAGGUACCGGUUCUGGUCUGGGAUCUUACAUGUUGGAGCGUCUGAAUGAUCGCUUCCCCAAGAAGCUCAUCCAGACUUACAGUGUUUUCCCCAACACUCAAGAUGGAGACAUUGUCGUUCAGCCUUACAACAGUCUGCUCAGUAUGCGUCGAUUGACGCAAAAUGCCGACUCGGUCGUGGUCUUAGACAAUGGUGCCUUAUCGAAGAUCGCGGCAGACCGACUGCACGUACUCAAUCCCUCCUUUGAGCAGACCAACCAGCUUGUCUCGACCGUCAUGUCCGCCAGCACAACUACCUUGCGCUACCCAGGCUACAUGCACAAUGAUCUGGUUGGCAUUGUGGCAUCACUCAUUCCAACACCACGCUGCCAUUUCCUCAUGACCGCAUACACACCUUUCUCAGGCGAGAACGUAGAACAGGCUAAGACUGUUCGUAAGACCACCGUGUUGGAUGUCAUGAGGCGACUGCUGCAGCCCAAGAACCGCAUGGUCUCGACCAACCCCACCAAGAAGAGUUGCUACAUGUCGAUUCUGAACAUCAUCCAAGGAGAGGCAGAUCCAUCAGACGUUCACAAAUCACUUAUGCGCAUUCGCGAACGACGACUGGCUACCUUCAUUCCGUGGGGUCCCGCCUCGAUCCAGGUCGCACUUACCAAGAAGUCACCAUAUGUACAAUCGUCACACCGCGUGUCUGGUCUCAUGCUUGCCAAUCAUACUGGCAUUGCAACGCUAUUCAAGCGCAUUGUAGCGCAGUAUAGCACACUGAGGAAACGAAAUGCUUUCCUGGAGAGCUACAAGCGCGAAACGCCAUUCAAGGAUGGCCUCGGCGAGUUCGACGAAGCUAAGGAAGUCGUCCAAGGCCUGAUCGAGGAGUAUGAGGAUGCUGAGAAUGCGGAUUACCUGAGCAAGGAAACACCACCUGUUGACGAGGACGGCGAUAAACGAGUUGGCUGAGCCACGUUUCGAUAUAGCAUGGACGGCGUUCACAUACUGUUGACAUUACUGGAGUUCUCUGGAUAUGCCCUUUGUUGGUACAAUACCGGCGUUCGGGCAGGCAAAGACGACCGCUUGUGUCGCAGAGCGAUUCUUCAAAGAUACCAUUACUUCCUCGCAAUCCUAGCCAGAGUUUCUACCGCAGUCACCCCUUUCUUACUGUUCAAAAGUUGGCUGCCUUUUGGAUGUUGUGACUUCUGGCUGUGCUGACUCUCGUUAGCAGAGCGCGACCGUGGAACGACGAUCAGCGAAUAUCAAUACAUGUGGCUUUCGAGAUAAAACCACAUGUGAAUCUUAUUCUCCGAAUGUUCGGCUCCCCAACGUUACACUCGCAAAGCCGCAGAACAAUUGUCACCAACACGAAAUCCUGAACACAAACACUCCAACUCAGACCGGUCAACCUUAGAAAUGUCUGCUCGACUAGUG